CAAUAUGGAGAACACCAAGAGGAAUGAAAGGAUGAUGAUGAUGAUGACGAUAAUGGAUAAUGGGUUAUGGCGAAAUGACUGAAGGAGUGUGGGACAAGGUCAAGGAGAAGCACAAGAAGGAAAGAAACACAAGGCGAAAAAGAUAUAUAUAAAAAGAGCUUGUAAGGCAGGAUGAGAAGUAAUGAGAAGCACACAAAAAGGCAAGCUGGUGCAAGGAGAGAUGAGGCAAGGGCACGAAAGGAGGCAAGAUGCCGUUAGAAUGGAAAUCAAGGAUCAGAGAAACACGGUCCCUGGUGGCAGACAGGCUCUCUUACAGUUACAGUUACAGUGGGUUUGAGUACGGGAAAAAGAGCAGGAGAGCAGCUUUUGGGGGUUCGUUUGUUGUUCGACCUAGAAAGCGAUGCCAAGGAGGAAAACAAGAGGUUAGUCGCUCUCCAGGGAAAAAACUGGACAGAGUAGAGUUCAUUCUCGAGCGGAGAUUUGGGCGGAUGGGCUGUAGAGGGCCCUGGGCUUUUUCUUUUAACCGCUUCAAAGAUUGUGGGCGCAGGCAGGAGGGCAGAAAGAAGGGGCGGGAGGAUACAGGGCGUGUUUAUGUGCAUGUAGGGUCGGUCAUCAUCAUCAUCGUUCUUCGGGGUCUCUUUUCCUAUUCCCUCUUCCACAUACACACACAUAUGAGAUAUGCUACACUUUCUUCGCAUCAAGAACAUCAUCCUAGAGAAAACGCGACCCAGGGCAAAACCAGAGAAAACUCAGCCGCAAAGAAGGGUGCAGAUAAUCAAGUAAAGGAAAAAAGCGCUGCGAACGCAGCAGGAAGGGGUAGCCACACAUACACAUCCCAAUGGAACAAAACAAGUCUGUCCCUUUUUCUACGCAUGCACAAACAUGCACCACAAACGAUACAAUAGCCUCCCACGCAGGAAGGGCAACCUCGCAUGAUAAGGGAAGAGGACGGAAUGGUACUCAACCGCACAUAUUAUAAUAACAAAACAAACAAUAAAAAACGUUGGUAUCCUUCCUUGUUGUCCAGACUGGGCUCGCUACCUCCGCCUUCUCUGCUCCCCUCUCUCCCCUCCAUCUAUUUACACCGAAAAAACACGUAGCAAGAAAGUACUCAAAACAGUAAGGUGUCUGCAAAACGAAAACGUGGCUUUUUAAGGAGAGUGUGCGUGAGUGAGCAAGACGGAGGUGUCGACAAUGCUCGAGAAGGCACUAAAAACAAGAAGGAGACAGCACCGGUCCAGAUGCGGCUCUAAAGACAGCUCGAAGAC